AAACCAAGCAUAGCAUAGUACUUCUACUACUAGCAUAGCGUUUCUGAACUGGUUUUGUGAAAUGGCGAAAUUGUGACUUCAAUCAAUUUUUACUUACGUUCGAUAUUACGGUUUUAUAACUAAAUAAUGCGAUUUUGUUGUUUCAAAGACUAAUUACUAUUUCAAAUUACAUUAGUGUGGCUCUGAAAUCAUAAACUAUGACACGUGAAGGAAGUUGAUGGGGAUUCUACCCUAGUGUUGGUUCUCUGCUUAUUAUAAAAUAAUACAAUUUUCCACGUAGAAAUAAAAUGAAUAACAAUGGAGGAGGAGCUGGAGGUGGAGUGGGGACGGCAGGAGGUCCAUAUGAAACCAAAAUUGCCGGGUUGUAUGACCUCCUGGAUACCCUGGGCUCCGGGCAUUUUGCUGUGGUCAAGCUGGCUCGGCAUGUCUUCACUGGAGAAAAAGUUGCUGUGAAAGUUAUAGACAAGAGCAAAUUAGAUGAUGUUUCUACAUCACAUUUAUUUCAAGAGGUUCACUGCAUGAAAUUAGUCCAACAUCCUAAUGUAGUAAGAUUAUAUGAAGUAAUAAACACGCAAACCAAAUUGUACUUGAUCCUGGAGCUGGGCGACGGCGGCGACUUGUAUGACUACAUCAUGAGGCAUGAGUCUGGCUUGUCAGAAACUCUGGCCCGCAAUUAUUUUCGCCAAAUAGUUCGUGCAAUCUCAUACUGCCACAGGUUACAUGUCGUGCAUCGAGACCUGAAACCUGAAAACGUAGUUUUCUUCGAAAGAUUAGGUGUAGUGAAAUUGACUGACUUUGGUUUUAGCAAUAAAUUUUGUCCCGGACAAAAACUAGAGACUUCCUGUGGUUCCUUAGCUUAUUCGGCCCCUGAGAUUCUCUUAGGGGACUCGUACGACGCGCCCGCCGUGGACGUGUGGUCGCUCGGGGUUAUCCUAUACAUGCUCGUGUGCGGGCAAGCUCCAUUCCAAGAAGCCAAUGACAGUGAAACGCUAACGAUGAUUAUGGACUGUAAAUACACAAUUCCACCGCAUAUAUCAACAGGUUGUAAAAAGCUAAUUGGACGUAUGCUAGUCCGCGAGCCCGAGAAGCGCGCCACGCUAGCGGAGAUAUCGGCCGACCCUUGGGUGACGGGCGGCGAGUCCGCCCCAUCGCACGAGUGCGACACUCCCCUCGUGGCUCGCGAACAACUGUCCGAGGAGGAUCGCGCCAACAUCAUGCAGAGAAUGGCCAGCGUGGCGACCAAGGAACAGAUACAGGAGGCACUGGAGAAGAAUGAAUACAAUCAUAUAACUGCUACCUAUUAUUUGUUGGCUGAGAGGAAGCUUAGAGCUAAAAGACAAGAAGAAAAUUUGGCCCGAAGGCCCGAGGUGCUGAGUGUGUCGCGAGGAGGGUCCCGUUCUAACAAUCUGCUGGCGCCGCCGACGCUCCCCACCGCGCCCCGCACACCACAGGAUGCUCCCCCCAGGUCACGAAAGUGCAGCAUAGUCCGCGAAGAGGAAGACGACGAGGAGAGCAGCCCCGGCGCCCGCGCGGCGGACGCGCGCCGCGGCUCGCGCUCCGAGGGCCGCCUGCGCCUCGCGCGCCCGCCCGCCGCGCUCGCCGUCACGCUCACGAGGGUGAAUCUAGAAGAUAACCCGCCGGAUGCUCCCUCGGCCCCGGCGGAGAGGUCGGAGGCGGCGCCGGCGGAGAGCGGCGAGGCGCCGCCGCGCGUGCCGCCCGCGCCGCCGCCCGCGCGCCGCCAGCGCCUCGACGUGCGCCGCCGCCGGCCCCGCGCCGGCUCCUGCUCCUCCUCCGACCUCUCCGACGACGACUCCGAGAAGAAGAAGCGCGCCGCGGAGCAGAGCGACGCGCCGCCCGAGCGCGCGCGCCGCGACUCGCACGACGACUCCAGCGACAGCCAGGAGCGCGGCGCCGGCGCCGGCGGCCGCGGCGCCCGGCCCGCCGCCCGAGCGGCGCCGCAGGGCGCGCCCGGCGCCGGCGCGGCCGCGGGCGGCGGCGCGGCCGGCGACGCGCGCCAGCCGCAGGGCGCCGGCACCGGCCGGCGGCGCCGCGCGGCCCGCAAGGAGUCCCGGCUGCGCGAGUCGCGCUCGCUCAACCGCAUCGCGGAGGUGGAGGAGGCGGCGGCGGCGCGCUGGGCGGGCGCCGGCGGGCUGGUGGCCUUCUGCGGGCGGCCGCUGCUGCGCCUGCUGGCGGCCGCGCGCCCGCAGCCGGCGCAGCGCCGCCUGCACGGCCUGUGCUAGCGCCGCCGCCGCCGGGACCCCGCUCCCCUGUCGAGAGCGAGCCGAGCGUUCCCGGUGGACUGUUACGGCGAGGACGCUCCGAGGACGACCGACGACUCGUGCCUGAGCCGUCUCCUCGCGCUGGUGGCGCUCGACGCGGCUGCCGCGGGGGCGGUGCGGCCCCCGGAGGAUCGGUUGGAGCCGAGCUUGCGAGUUUGACGGUCGCGCGCUCCUGCGGCGACUCGCCCUCGCUACAUGAUACGGUAACUGUGUCGGUCGUAUCGCCCGCCACUCGCUCCGCGCGCCGCCAAAAGAUAGUUCUAGUUAAGGAAGUUUUAGUUUAAUCUAACGAUUGUCCGGUGCGGAACUACCGUCUUGAACAAAGCAAUAAAUUAAACUUUAUAUUUUAAUAAUUUCAAUUAUGCAUCCCCGUAGCGUUGUCGACUUAGUGAAUAAUCGAUGCGUUAUAAUUGUUAGACAUAUCUAAAAAAUUACAUUUCUGCUAGGACGAUUAUGUCGGUGCGUUAAUUAAAAAAUAAUAAUUAUCGUCAGAAGGAUGUCUUGACUAAAUGUGAUAUCGAAGUUGAUUAAAACGUGAUGCUGAUGAGUGUAUUAAAUUUCUUAUGUUCAGCCGGCUCCUCGUCGCUCAUGAGAAC